AUGGGGAUGAGCCGCUGGCCAUCAAGUUGCAUGCGGCUGCGCCCCAGCAUGCAAUACACUCCCGACUCGAAUCGAAGAAAGUGCCCGAGGGCGAGUCAGCCAUCGAUCUAUCUAUCAAUGGAUUCAUCCACCCAGGAACGACCUUCCAAGCGGAAGAAAACAAUUACCAAAGAGACCACAUCGCCAUUGGAUCAGCAGCUGAUCCUUGCCCUUAGAGAUGUCACUCGUGCCGCAAAGAAAGCGAAAGCUUUCGAAAUCCAACAUAUGGUUAGGAAGCUUCGAUUAGCCAAAGAAGGUAAACCACUUUCCAAAAAACCGUCCACUGCGGUGGAUCCUAAAGAUUUGGAAGCCGACCUCAACAGCUUUAAGUCGAUUAAUGUUGAAAACCUAUCAAAGAAGAUUCUAUAUACGCGCCUCAAGCGACAAUCGUCCGAGCUGAUGACUCAUUCGACCUUCCAAGAUUUCCAAGACUUAAGCGGACCGAUCCAAUUUGAGCGAAUUGAGAACAAGAUCAGUAGCCAGAAAUCCUUAUCAGAAGUCAUCAAGCAAACUGUCACCAAGUUAUUACUUGCUCACCUCCGGCCAGAUCCUGUUGAAAAGAUUGACUCGAAAGCUAAGGAGUGCACAUCGAAAGCGAAAAACUCACAGCAACGAACAGCUGAUACUCGAGUCGGAUCAUCAGAUCAGUCGGGCUCUGAGGAUGAGGGCGAGCUCUUAGGCGACGCACUCGAUGAGGCAGUGGCACGAGAAUUGGCAGGCUUGGAAGCCGGGCCAACCAGCGAAGAAAUGAGUGAAUCGGAGGAAAGCCAAUUAAGCCGCACAGAUGACGAUGAUGAACACAGCGAUUCGCACUCGGACUGUUCUCGCGACAGUCAAACUCAAUCCGGCCAUUCAUCAUCAUCCACUUCUUUCCACCACCCAGCCCCGGCCAAAAAGCCCAAACUAGCAAAGCCUCCGGCUUCUAAAACGACCACCCGCCCAUCCUCUUCAACUUUCUUGCCCGCCUUAAACGUCGGUUAUACGCUUGGUGAUUCCGAUGCUUCUGAUCUCGACAUUGACGAUCAAGCGGUAGACAAAAUGGAGCAGGAACGCGGGCGUAAAAAUCGAAGAGGUCAACAGGCUCGUAGAGCCAUAUGGGAGAAAAAGUACGGCAAAUCAGCCAAACAUCUAGUGAAACUAAAACAGAAGAGCUCGACUCAUCCUGACAAACCAGCAAAGGCGGAGGAAAGACACCGAGGCAAAUCCAAACCAUCUCGUUCCAGUGGAACCGAUGUCAAGGUUAAGAGUGUGACCGGGUCGAACUCUGAACCACUUGCUACCCUCGUCAAGAAACCCGUCGAUCCUAAACUUCAUCCUUCUUGGAUCGCUAAACAGAAUCAAAUCAAAAACCUCAGUGUCGUUAAACCUGCCGGCAAAAAAAUCGUCUUCGAUUAA